AUGACUUCAAGUUUUGUCGACGGGGGAAUACAUUACAGCGCACUCCAUCCACUUCAUGACCCCCAACAAGCGCUAUGGCCCGGGGAAAUACAGCGCAUGCCAGCUUGGAGCUACAGCGGUGGAGCAGGACGAUACAAUGUACCUCGACCUGCAGCUUUGGGACGCACUGUGUGCCGCUCCGCAGGUACUUGUGGCUCGGGAAUCUGCGUCACAGUACAAGUAAGAGGUAUCUUGCUCUCAGAGUACGCGCAUCCUCGGCCAGUCACCAGUCAUCAUGAUGUAUCCCCAAGACCCGCAGCAACUCGCACAAGCACAAGCACAGCGCAAUCCUGCAAUGAAGCCGCUGCCCAAUGA